AGAUGGCAUGAUCAACAUUGACAUGACUGGAGAGAAGAGGCCCUUGGAUCUCCCAUAUCCCAGUAGCUUUGCUCCCAUCUCUGCACCUAGAAACCAGACCUUCACGUACAUGGGCAAAUUCUCCAUUGACCCCCAGUACCCUGGUGCCAGCUGCUAUCCCGAAGGCAUCAUCAAUAUUGUGAGUGCGGGCAUCUUGCAAGGGGUCACUCCUCCAGCUUCAACCACAGCCUCAUCCAGCGUCACCUCUGCCUCCCCCAACCCACUGGCAACGGGACCUCUGGGUGUGUGUACCAUGUCCCAGACCCAGCCUGAACUGGACCACUUGUACUCUCCACCACCACCACCACCUCCUUAUUCGGGCUGUACAGGAGAUCUCUACCAGGACCCUUCAGCAUUCCUGUCGCCACCCACCACUUCCACCUCCUCUCUGGCCUACCAGCCACCUCCUUCCUACCCAUCCCCCAAGCCAGCCAUGGACCCAGGUCUCAUUCCUAUGAUCCCAGACUAUCCUGGAUUUUUUCCAUCUCCGUGCCAGAGAGAUCCGCAUGGUGCUGCUGGCCCUGAUCGAAAGCCGUUUCCCUGCCCUCUGGACUCCCUGAGGGUCCCCCCUCCGCUCACUCCACUCUCUACCAUCCGUAAUUUUACUCUGGGGGGGCCCAGUGCUGGAGUCACCGGACCAGGGGCUAGUGGAGGCAGUGAGGGACCCCGACUGACUGGCAGUGGCUCUGCAGCAGUGACUACUAGCCCCUAUAACCCGCAUCACCUGCCUUUGCGGCCCAUCCUGAGGCCUCGAAAGUACCCGAACAGGCCCAGCAAGACACCAGUUCACGAAAGGCCCUACCCCUGUCCAGCAGAAGGCUGUGACAGGCGGUUCUCGCGCUCUGAUGAGCUGACCCGGCACAUCAGAAUCCACACGGGCCACAAGCCCUUUCAGUGUCGGAUCUGCAUGCGAAACUUCAGCAGAAGUGACCACCUCACCACUCACAUCCGCACCCACACCGGGGAGAAGCCCUUCGCUUGUGACUAUUGUGGCCGCAAGUUUGCCAGGAGUGAUGAAAGGAAGCGCCACACCAAGAUCCACCUUCGACAGAAGGAGCGGAAGAGCAGUGCCCCCUCCUCAUCUGCGUCUGCCCAGCCGUCAGCCUCAGGUCCUGGGGGCUCGCAGGCAGGAGGCAGCCUGUGCAGUAACAGCACCAUUGGAGGACCACUGGCCUGCACCUCUCGGACCAGGACACCAUGAGAUGAAGCUCUGGCUGACACACCAUUUUCUCCAUGCCCCAGAGGCCCUCCGUCCACUUGAGCUGCGCAACACUACCACCCUUCCUGGUUCCUCCCUGUGAUCCUCGGCAAAGGACCUUGAUGGAGCCCGGCCCUGCUCCACCUUCCUAGACACAGGGCCUUCCUAAAAUGUAGGCCGUUUCUCUCUUUGGGAAGUUGACUGCCACUCCAAGCAAUGGGGAGCCAGAAGAGGGUUGGGUGAGGGUCCCUGGACUAGAGGGCUGCCGGUCUGGUUCUGACUGAGAGACUUCUCACUAGGUUUUGCUAGUCCUUCCCUUUGUUUUGACCCUGGAUGCCAGAGUUGUUCUGAGACUUUUUCUACAAGAGGUUGGGAGAUGCUGAUUCCUCUGAGUGAGGCCAGCAAAAAAGACUAAGAAAAACUGACAUUGCACUUUAUGGCUUGGGACUGAUGUGGGAAAAUUGUACAGUUAGAGGAGCCUGGUCUGGGCUGCGGUAUUCUGUGUAGCCCCAGAACAGUGAAUUGAUGUGUAUCUAGCCGUCUCAACCCUUAAGCAAUAUGUACUAAAAACUCAGAGAACAGAAGUGCAAUGGUGGGGGGGGGGCAAAGCAAUAUUGGCUCCUUUUUGUUGAGAAACAAAGAUUAUUUUUUCAGUGUAUAUCCAUUCAGAUUUUGUGUAUUUUUGAUGUGCACUGUUCUCCGAGUUCUGAACCUUCGGGAAAAAAAUGUAAAGCAUUUAUGAUCUCUUGAAAUGAGUCAGUGGUUAACUUAUUUAAAGGGGGGUGUACAUAGGAUGCAUGCAGUUGUGUUGGAAGUGUCCUCUGUGCCUUUUGUGAUGUGGGCAGUGUUACAGGGUCUGCAUGUAUACAAGAUGCCUUACAAUGGAAAAAAAAAUCAUUCCCUGGGUUUAAGUAUGGCUGUAUAUUUCUGCCUAUUAAUAUUUGGAAUUUUUUUAGAAAGUAUAUUUUUGUAUGCUCUGUUUUGUGACUUAAAAGUGUUACCUUUGUAGUCAAAUUUCAGAUGAGAAUGUGCAUAAUGUCACUGCAGCUGAUUUGCUCAUUAGCUCUUAAUAGUUGUGGAAAAAUAAACAAUCUAUUCUAACAUAAAACCACUAACUGGAGUUCAGAUAAUGGAUUGUUUAUGACUAUGGUGUAAAUAAAUACUUUUCAACAAUA